CCUGUGAGCGCGAAGCAGAGGGGUCGGGGCAGGGGCUUUUCGCAGUCCGCCUACCCCCGUUCUCCGUGCCGGGGAGACGGGACAGAGCCAGAGGACCCAAGGACGGACAAGCCCUUGCCCCCUCCUUGCUGCAAGAGCCGCUCGCUCGCGGCUUCUACCACGCUCUCCCCCGCGCUUUCUUCUCGCCUCUCCCCGCCACUACCGGGCUGAGCGGGAAGCAUGAAGCUGACGAAAGCCCAGUACGAGGAGAUCACCCAGUUCCUGGCUCAGGCGCCUCCGACCAGGCAGAGCCUGAGGAAGCUAAAAGAGAGAUUCCCCAGUCAAUCGCAGUCCACUCUGCUGAGCAUCUUCUCCCAGGAGUACCAGAAACUCAUCAAAAGAACACAUGCCAAACAUCAUAGUCCAGAGGCAACUGAAGCUUAUUAUCAAAGGUACCUGAAUAGAGUGCUAAAAAAUGCAACUUCUCCUGUAUUACUGGAAAUGGCCAAUGAGGUGGAUUUUGCCCCAUCAUUGAUGGCUCGGAUAGUGUUGGAAAGAUUUCUGCAAGACCAAGAUGGAUCAACUCCUACCAAAACUCGUAUAAACAGUAUGCUGAGGGACCCUUCCCAGAUUCCAGAUGGAGUUCUAGCCAAUCAGGUCUAUCAGUGUACUGUGAAUGACUAUUGUUAUGGACCACUGGUGGACUGCAUCAAACAUGCAAUUGGACAUGAGCAUGAAGUCUUACUGAAAGAAAUGCUUUUGGAGAAAAACAUAUCUUUUUUAGCUGAAGAUCAGUUACGUGCAAAAGGUUAUGACAAAACACCAGACUUCAUAUUAGAAGUACCAGUUGCUGUAGAAGGGCAUAUCAUUCAUUGGAUUGAAAGUAAAGCUUCUUUUGGUGAUGAAUGCAGUCAUCAAGCUUACCUGCAUGACCAGUUCUGGAGCUACUGGAACAGGUUUGGUCCAGGACUAGUUAUCUAUUGGUACGGGUUCAUCGAGGAGUUGGACUGUCAUCGCAAUCGUGGUAUCUUGCUUAAAGACUGCUUCCCUACAGGCAUAGUUACUCUUUGAGACAGCAUGGCUGAGCAAUGAGGAUGGAAGAAAAUUUAGAGGAAAAGAUGAAUCCGGAAACAAUUUUACUUUCCUGCAGUAUAAACUACUGGCAACAUCUGCCCUGAACUUCAUUUGAACUCUUACUGCCUGGGAUCACCCCACUACUACUUUAGACAAACACAUCAAGGGUUUCUGUUUUACUUCAACCCUCUGCUGAUGCAAGCAGCUAAGAAAUACAGACACAGCCCAAACAUUAUCAGCAUUUUUGUCUCUGUCAAACAGUUUAUAGAUAGCCAUAAUCUUUCUUCCUUCCGGAUGGCUUCUCCUUGCACUUUGAACAAAAGAAGCGAUGUGGAGGCUAAAAGGUGUGACUUUCAGUUUCCCUCCCCAUUAUGAAGUCACCUUUUUAAAAAGCCUUCUUCCACACAUACUUUGUCAGCUAAAUGUUAGAAAUUAAGCUCAUACAAAACUUAGUAAAUAUAUUGUGCCAAGCUC